UUGACACGUUUCGUUGUUGCUUUAUCAUGUAUAGCCGCGGUCAAGCACUGUAACGCAAAAGAUUGCACUCAGUAUCGCCGCUGCCCUCCCUGUCUUCCCAGCUCAAUGAACGGGCUGCUCAGGCUAUAUCUUAAAAACGAAGAUAUGUGGGAGUACAGAUCAACCGCAGGUGCCCAUACAUGCACUUGGCGACAUCGUAGGAACAUUAAUGAAACUCACGUCGUCCUGCAAACAAAAUAUGAAUCAAGCGGAAAAGCAGUGGUAUUUAAUACAGACACUUGGAAAUUUUUUACCAGCACCACUAGCACACCAUACGAAAUGGUCUUGUAUUUCAGCGCACACUAUUAUCUUACUGAGGAGCUACUCUCUGUUAAUGAAAAAUGGACUUGUGCUGUGAUAAAACGCACUACAGUCACUUCCUACGGAAAACCAAGAACAACAUACAAAGAUUAUAAGUACUAUCUGUACACCAGCAUAACAAACCCUGUGAAGGCGGCAAAAGAAUGCCAGGAAAAGUAUUUUCAUUACGCUACGCAUGGAGAUGCGCAGCACUACAAGACAAAAUGCAGGAUUGUCCAAGGAAAAUGUUCUUGAUUUGAAAUAGCGGAACUGUCGCAACGAUUCAGUUUGUGCUUACGUGAAGUUCUAAUGUCAAUAAAAAAGAAGUGUUGACCCAAACUCAG